UAUGUAUAUACAGACACACACACUUGCACACUCACAUACAUGCGUGCAAUAUAAAAGUACUAUUGUUUAUCAAGAACGUGAAGCAGCUUGAAGCCUCCACAAAAGUUUGCACACACAUUUAAUUUAUGACGCUUCUUCAAGUGUGUUGCCAAAAUCAAUGAAUUGUUGUCGUACGAUGAUGGGGUUCUUAGGCGCCAGCUGUUGCAGCCUUGGACUUGGACUAUUGAUCUGCAUUCUUCUUCUUCCGGAGGUUAAAGGCGAUGCCGUUGAAAUCAUCGAACUGGCCAGUCACUGGUCUAUAUCUAAUCGGAAUGGCUCCUUGACCGCUGCUGACCAAACUCUACCCUCGGGCAUUUACAGUGCCUUCUAUGCGGACCAGCUGCUGCUCUCUUACAACGAUGUGAAUCUCCGUUGGCUUUCCUACGACAACUGGACAUACACGAAUAGUUUCCAAUUUGAUGUGGAGCACUAUAAGAACGUGCGCAACCUUAAUCUAACUUUCCAUGGCAUCGACACAAUUGCUGAGAUUCGCUUGAAUCAUCAGCUGCUGGGACGCACUGACAACAUGUUUGUGCGCUACUCUUACGAUGUGACCAAAAUACUGCAGGAGGACAAUGUGUUGGAGGUGGAGAUAACUUCGCCGGUGUGGGCAGCACAAGCCAAGGCUCAGGCGCUCGACAGUGCGGGGAGAAAUGUGCCACCAGCGUGUCCGCCACUUCGCUACCAUGGCGAAUGCCAUAUGAAUAUGCUGCGGAAGAUGCAGGCAAGCUUUGCCUGGGACUGGGGACCGGCGGCCCCAUCGAUGGGCAUCUGGAAGACGGUGCAGUUGGAGAUGUAUGAGGUGGCAUUGUUGCGCGACGUCGAUGUCGAUGUCAGUCGCAAUGAGACGCACUGGAACAUGCACAUUACAUGCUACUUGGAUGCGGCGGCUAAAGAGAAUUUUUACGCUCAACUGGUCUUCUAUGCCGUCGAGCUAUUGGAUCAACCGGUGGUCAUAGAUACGUACACCACAAAGCACAUUAGCUACUUGUCGCCCGUAAUUGAGUUCGAUCAGUCUGUGCCAAUUACGGACGUCGUUGCCUGGUGGCCCAAUGGCUAUGGCGAUCAGAAGCUCUAUCCCCUGGUAUUUACCCUCAAUGCUUGGCUGGACAGCGAAGGUCCCAAGAUUCGUGGCAAAACGAAAUCACAGAAAUCAUUGAGAGUCGGUUUUCGCACUCUGGAACUGAUUGAACGUCCGGCUUCAGAUGGUCUGGGCAACACUUUCCUCUUUCGUGUGAAUGGCGUGGAGAUAUUCAUGAAGGGCAGCAACUAUAUUCCUUCACACAUUCUGCCCGAGAAACAGAGUUCAGAUCAGAUUGCCUAUCUGCUGGAAUCAGCCAAGGAGGCGCACAUGAAUAUGCUGCGAGUGUGGGGAGGCGGCGUCUAUGAAUCGGAUUACUUCUAUGAACUGGCCGACAGUCUGGGCAUACUCAUCUGGCAGGACAUGAUGUUUGCAUGUGCUAUGUAUCCUGUCACUCCCGAUUUUCUCGCUUCAGUGCGUGAGGAAGUGAGACAGAAUGCCAAACGAUUGUCACAUCAUCCCAGUGUGGCAAUCUUUGUGGGCAACAAUGAGAAUGAGGCUGCUCUGAUACAGGAUUGGUAUCAAACCAUCACACAACUUGAUCGGUUUAAAGCCGAAUACAGGGAACUGUACCUAGGCAACAUUCUGCACGAGUUGAAGAUAGUGUCGCAUGCAUCGCGACCUUCACCGUUAGUUUCCUCGCCAUCCAACGGCAAGGCGAGCGAGCAGGACAACUAUAUAUCACAGAAUCCACAGGAUAAUCACAAUGGCGAUGUACACUUUUACGAUUACAUGAAGGACGCUUGGGAUCCCGAGAUUUAUCCACGCCCCCGAUUCGCCAGCGAAUACGGCUUUCAAUCGCUGCCAGCCUCAAUUGCCUGGGAACAAGUUCUGCAAGCCGGUGACGAUCUAUCCGACUUGAUGUCGCAUCGUCAGCACCAUCCACUGGCAAUGGUGCCGAUUACCACCCAAUUACAUCGUCACCUGCCGCUUCCUCUACCAGAGAGCGAAAACUACAAUGCUGCGCUGAUCUACUUCAGUCAGAUAUCACAGGCCAUGGCCACCAAAGUGGAGACUGAGCUUUAUCGCAGUCUACGCGACACGAAUCACAAUACGAUGGGUGCACUUUACUGGCAACUGAACGAUGUUUGGGUGGCGCCCUCCUGGUCCGGCAUUGAUUUCUAUGGCAACUGGAAGCUCUUGCACUACUGGGCACGUGACUUUCUGGCACCAACCACAAUUGUUGCGCUCUACGACAAGUCUUCGGCUUCGCUGAAUAUUUCCUUGAUUUGUGAUGAGCCGAAUAUCAAGACAAACGAUCUCAAUGUGGUGGCCCACAUUCAUCUGUGGUCGCAACUACUGCCCAAGGAGUCACGCCGCUGGCCAGUUACUCUGCGUCCCAAUGGCGUGCAGUAUGACAAGGUGAUUCCCAUCAAGGAGCUGCUGGACAACGAGUUCAACGCACGCAACGCUUACUUGGAGUUCCAGCUGCGACGCAAUGAACAGUUGAUCUCGCGGACUUACUUCUUCCCCAGCAGCAUCGCAGCAGCUGUGGGCAUCACGGAUCCUGAGCUAGAGUUUGAGAUUUCAUCAAAGAUCUGCCACACAACGAGCAGUGGAGCAAGGAAUAGCGUUAGCUUGACCAUUCAGGUGAAGCAUCCCGCUGUCUUUGUCUAUGUGGAGUUGCAGCUCCCCUAUCGCUAUAAGCUCUCCGAGAAUGGUUACAUGCAGAACACACCGGUGCAUGUGAUCUAUGUGGAGGUGGACAGCAACUCGUGCAUACGCCUCUGGCGUAAAUCCUAUUUCAACAUCAUGACUGUCAAUCAGUUUAUGCCGUAG